UUCGGGGUUGCUGAAUAUAUAAUCACAAGCUGAUUCCAGCCUAUGGAGAAGUGCACAUAAGAACAGGAUAAAUAUGGCUUUUACGGGCGAGGACCGCUUAGAUUCCCUUUCCUUACCAGUUCAGCGCCUGCACCUAAUCCAGGUGGACUCUGUUCAGCGAUGGAUGGAAGACUUGAAGCUGAUGACAGACUGUGAAUGUAUGUGCAUUCUCCAGUCCAAGCCCAUCAGCAUUGAGAAGGAUGAGCAAAAUGAACUCAUCCUUUCCUCACAGCACAGCACUUGUGAUAACUUGCAGCUUCUGCUGAAGAGAGCUUGGAUCAUCAGCACCGAGCUGAGCAGGAUUGCUCAGAAGCUGGAGAAGAACAGGUGGCAGAGGGUGCACAGCAUGACGGUGAGAGUCAACUGCCACGUGCGUUCCAUGAUAAACGAGUACAACACCUUCACCAGGAGCUCUUCAGAAGAAAUGCACCAGCUUGAAAAGCUUUUAAUAGACAAGUGUUCAGAAUUUACAGCAUUCACAGAAAGGUGCUUACAGACAGAAGAUAAAGAGAUUCUGAAGUCCAUGAAAUCUUGUGUUAAUGAAACACUCACAACCGUUGCCCAGUAUUUUGGCCAGUUGAUAGAGCUGGUUUUAACACAAGAGGCACAGAACCUGCUGAGGCAGAUAGAGCUCUCGGGCAGUCUGUACAUCACCGAGUCGGCCAUCAGCAGUUUAUUCAGCCUUGCCCAGGAAGGCGCUCACCUCUGCCGCAUCAUAGCCAAGGAAGGAGGUGUCGUUGCUCUCUUUAAGAUCUGUCGCCAGGAUUGUUUCAGGUGCCUUUAUCCCCAGACCCUGAGAACACUGGCUUCAGUUUGCUGUGUAGAGGAAGGGAUGCACCAGCUGGAAAAGGUUGAUGGGAUCCUGUGCCUGGCUGACAUCCUCACUGACACCAGUCAUUCUGAAGCUACUCAUGCAGAAGCAGCAGCAGUAAUUGCACAGAUCACAUCUCCACAUCUCACGUUCACUCAGCAUCUCAGCAGCUUUCUGGAAAAUAUGGAAGAAAUCGUGACAGCACUUGUCAAACUGUGCCAAGAAGCCUCAUCAGGUGAAGUUUUCCUGCUGGCUUCAGCAGCUCUUGCCAAUAUUACUUUCUUUGAUACCAUGGCUUGUGAAAUAUUGCUCCAGCUAAAUGCAAUGAAGAUUCUCCUAGCAGCAUGCUCAGACAAACGCAUAGUGGAUACUCCGUAUUCCAGGGAUCAGGUGGUAACAAUAUUGGCAAACAUGUCUGUCUUGGACCAGUGUGCUUCAGAAAUCAUUCAAGGAAAUGGUGUUCAACUUUUAAUGGAAAUGCUCUUUGAAAAAUCCUCCUCGGGAAAUCCAGCAGAAGCUGCAGCUUGUGAGCGAGUCCAGCAGAAAUCUGCAGUUACCCUGGCACGGCUCAGCCGAGAUCCGGAGGUGGCAGAUGCAGCAGUAAAACUCAGCUGUAUUCCUCGCCUGAUUAAACUUUGCAGAUCACCAACAGAAAGAAAUAACAGUGAUUCUGUUUUAGUGGCAUGUCUGGCAGCCUUGAGGAGACUAGCAGUUAUGAGUCCUGAUGGACUGGAAGAGUCAGAUUUUCAGCAGCUGGUAAAGCCCAGACUCGUGGAUUCUUUUCUGCUGUGCACAAAUAUGGAAGAGAGCUUUGUAUGAAUGGGAGCCAAAAACCCUUGAACAAUAAUGAAGGUGAUAGGUAUACAGUAAGAUAACACAUGAACAAUUUUAUUUUGGUUUAGUCCUGUUGUUAUUUAUGACUUAUUUAUUCUAAACCCAUGAACAUGUGGUUUAUCAGAGCAAAGGAACAGAAUGAGAAAACUUGUUACUGGGGUUU